CGAGUUUGUUCUGCAACCUCGCAACGACGGACACUCUCAAGGUUUCGCCAGCCCCUACUCGGAGCGUCCUAAAGAAAGUCAGUCAAGUGAAGAUUAAGCGCAUCCUUGACAAAGCCACGCCUGUAUUCCUUACUUCUCGGAUUUCCCAACAAGCAUCACACAAGGUGCCCGCUCGUGGUCUUCCGUACUCAACGCUGGACGGAGCAGAGACGAGCGCUGAACCAUGCACUGGGCCGUGUCCUCCUUUCUCCUGUGCGCUGCGCUCACGUCACCGGCGCUCCUGGCAACCGCUGCUGCGGCCAAGGACGCUGCCCCUUCGGCCCAGCUUACGGUUCAGGACACGCUCAACGAGGUCCACCAGGUGCUGCCGGUGUUCGGGCGCAUGCUGCGGCCGGCGUUGCAGUCUGCGCUGGACCUGCUGAGCCAGCAUGUCAGCUACAACGUGUUGGGAGCCCUGGCCGUGCUGCUCAGCAGCGCGGCUACGCUCGUCUUCUGGUUCCCGGGUACGCUCGGCUACGUCGGAUUCACGCCGGCGGGCGUCGUGUGGCCGGCAGUGACACUGAGUAGCACGUUCCGGCCGCUGCCCUACGUGCGUCUGGCCGUCAACGUGAGCCUGCUGACGUCAGCCCCAGUCGCCGCGGCCACUCCCGCCGAACCCUCGCCGAUCCUCGUGGCCGCCACACGUCGGCACGGCUGGGGUGGCAACCGCAGCGAGGACAGCGUCUCGGCGCGCUUUGACGCCGUGCUGAAGCGUUACAACGUGGACCCCGACGCCUGCCUCAAGGUGGCCAUGUGCUCCGUGGGACGCCUCGGCGCCGACGGCGGCGACGGGAUGCAGAGCAAGCAGCGCCGCCAAGCCGGCCCUGUGGAGGUACUCGACUCCAUGCUAAGCCUGACGUUCAUGGACGAGGUUUUGCUCAGCCGCAGCCUACGGAGCGCGCGCCAGGUGGGGGAGGCAGGCGGCGACUGCGACGCCUUCAACCGCGGCGGCCGCUGUCCUUUCAACGCGGCUGCCUGGAGGGUCCUGCUGUCCACCAUCAACCGGACGCUCGCGUAACGCGACACCAUCAUCGCCUUGCCUUACGUCGUCGCUCACAGCCCUGGAGUGGAGACGCGCCCUAUCCUGCGGCCUUUUGGCGCCGACUGCCGAACUGCCAUGUGCUCUUCCAGGAAAGACAGUAGCUGACUGUGCCGUGACGUGUAGAAACAGCUGAUAUAGUAAAGCACCAUUCACUUACUUUAACAUCUCACACGGGAAAAACAAAAAUUGCGUGAGUAAAGUUUUGCACACAC